AUGCAAUUGAAAGAAUUUGGUCGGUGGGCUUGGAGAGGCCUUGAAGUUGAGGAGGUUUUAGGAUUGCAAGUAAAUGAGUCUAAGAGCUGUGUUUAUCUUGCAAGAGUGCUAGAGGAGAUGAAGCAGCAAAUUCUACAAUUCCUCAAUUUCAGGGAGGGAUUUCUUCCUGUUAUCUAUUUGGGAUUACCUCUGAUGCUCAAAUUGGAAUUGGAGCCUGACGUUGUGACAUUUACUACCUUAAUUAAUGGGCUUUGUAUAGAGAGUAAAAUCGACAAAGCAGUGGAAUUUUUCGAUGAUAUGGUUGCAUGUGGUUAUCAACCUGAUGUUCGUACCUACAGUGUGAUAAUAAACGGAUUGUGUAAAUUUGGGAAAACAAAUCUGGCUAUUGGGCUACUAAAGGGAAUGCCUGAUAGAGGUUGUGAGCCAAAAGUUGUGACAUACAUUGCAAUCCUUGACGCCCUUUGCAAGGAUGAGCUAGUUGGUGAGGCUUUAGAGCUCUUCUCUCAAAUGAGGAAUAAGGGCAUUUCACCUGAUGUCAUCACUUACACUGGUUUAAUUCACGGUGUUUGCAAAUUAGGCCAAAAGAACCAAGCUUUGGCCUUGAUGAAUGAAAUGGUGGAGCAGAACAUAUCACCUGAUGUUUAUACCUUCAAUGUAUUGAUUGACGCCCUCUUUGUAAGGAUGGAAUGGGAAGCUUUGGCCUUGUUGAAAGAAAUGGUGGGGAGGAGCAUAUCCCCUAAUGUUUUUACCUUCAAUAUAUUGAUCGACACUCUUUGUAAGAAAGGACUCAUUUCAAAUGCAGAGAAUAUAAUCAAAAUAAUGAUUCAAAGAGGUGUGGAACCUACCAUUGUCACUUAUAGUUUAUUGAUGGAUGGAUAUUGUCUAGGCAGCCAAAUUGAUAAGGCUAGAAAGCUAUUUGAUCUGAUGGUGACCAAUCAAAUAGCUGACAUUUUUAGCUACAACAUUUUGAUCAAUGGAUAUUGUAAGUGCAAAAUGAUAGAUGAUGCAAAGCAGAUUUUUUAUGAAAUGUCUCAUAAAGGUUUAGUUCCUGAUGCUGUUACUUAUCAUACUCUUAUAAAGGCUAUGUUUCAAGCAGGGAGGCGCCAAACUGCAAAAGAGCUCUUUAAGGAUAUGUGCUCUCAUGGUCAACAGCCAAAUAUUGUAACCUUCUCAAUUAUGAUUGAUGGCUUGUGUAGACAGGGGAAUCUCGAUGAGGCACUCACCCUAUUGAAAGCAAUGGAGAAAAGUCAGUUGAAGCCUAAUUUUGUGAUCUAUAGCAGUCUGAUCAAUGGUAUGUGCAAAGUUGGGAAGAUUAAUGAUGCCAAGGAACUUUUUUCUAGUCUUUUUGAAAUUGGUUUACAACCUGAUGUUUAUGUAUAUAAUGCAAUUAUGAAAGGACUCUGCCAACAAGGAUUAAUGGAUGAAGUGUAUAAGGUAUUUAAAGACAUGGAAAAGGUAGGAUGUUUACCAAAUAAUUGUUGUUAUAAUAUCAUCAUUCAAGGGUUUCUCAAGCAUGAGGAUUUACCAAAAGCAUCAGAACUAAUCAACGAAAUGGUUGAUAAGGGGUUCUCUGCUGAUGCUGCUACCACAGAAUUGGUAGUACAUUUAUCGCGGAAUAAUAAUCUCAUUCUGAGGCUUUUAAAGGUGCGCAAUGAGGGAUCAACAAACUAA